AAAUAAUUCUUUAAAAAUAAUGAUUUAAAAUGAGAUAGCGGAAUGCAUGAAAAAAAUGACAACUUACCUUGAUUAGAACGGUUAUAAGAAAUUCAAACUGUUCUAAGCUUAACCAAAUUAUUUUGAUUUGAACUAUGAGGAGAGAAAGGAAUUAUUAUAAGCUCCUUCUGUAGAUCAUUUAUGCAAAUCUAUUAUAAUGGAAAAUACAAAAUACGAUGAUUCCUAUCCUGAUAAUGAAGUCAACCCAAAAUAUAUAUGUGUAGUAGUACAAUACAUCACAAAACUAUAAGGAGAAAAGGUAUUGGAUUUAAGAACAAUAUUAGAUUAAUAAAUAUUUUAAAUAGUUAUAGAAUCAGAAGUAUCCUGAUAAAUAAAUUUCUAGAAAUAAAUUACAUUUCAGAUUAACCUCAGAUGAAGUAACAAUUGUUGAUUAUAUAAGAUGUCAUAUCAAUUAAGUGGAUAUUAAUUUAAUGCAAUUACACCAUUUAAUAUGGUGCAAAACAUGCCUCUGUUGAUUUCUGAUAGAAUAUUGAAUUUGGAGUAUAUAUGGUUCGGAGGUGGACAUACCGAUGUUAAAUUGAGGAUGGAUAUAAAAGAAAUGUGUACUCUUUAUCCCAAUAAAGUGUAUUAUUCCGAUAUUAUUAUGCCAUAACAAGAAUGAAAAUAAUCUAUUAAUAUAUAUAUAUAUUAAUAUUUGAUAAUU